AUGGCAGGCUACGGCACCGCAGCCUCGCGGCCCGCCGACAACGGACACGUUCUCCGGCACGGCUCCGAUCCCGAGCGCCAGUCGCUGCUGGGCAAACCGCACUCGUCUCCCGGCCGUCCCGGCGUCGCCAACAUUCGCAAAACGCUCAAUGAACACGUCUCGCGGUCAUGGGCCGAUCUCAUGCUUCUCUUUUGCUACGUCGUCACUGGCCUACUCGACAGCGCCUCGACUCAAGUAUGGGGCGCCUUUGUUUCCAUGCAGACUGGAAACACCGUCUUCGUCGCCCUCGGCCUCGCCUCCAUCAUCUACCCCCCGAUUAACCCGCGCCUCUACCGCUCCGGCAUCUCCCUGCUCGCCUUUUGCGUCGGCUCCUUUCUCUUUGCGCGCUUCCACCGCCGCUUCUCGCCCUCGCGCCGCUGGGUCCUCUGCGCCUCCUUUGCCGCCCAGUCGCUGCUCACCGUCGCCGCCGCCCUCAUCGUCACCCUCAACCGGCCCCCCGCCGGCGACGACGACGUCUCCUGGACCGUCCUGCUGCCCCUCACCCUCGUCGCUUUUCAGAGCUGCGGCCAGGCCGUCACCAGCCGCGCCCUCCGCUACAAUGCCCUCAAUAGCGUCGUCCUCACCAGCAUCUACUGCGAUCUUUUCUCCGACCAGGACCUCUUUCGCCGCGACAACGUCGACCGCAACCGCAGAGCCACGGCCCCGCUGAUGCUGCUGCUUGGCGCCGUGCUCGGCGGCAUAUUUGCUCACUCGCCGGUGGGUAUCCAGGGCGCGCUGUGGACGGCGGCGGCGUUGAAGUUUUUUAUGGCGGUUAUUUGGUUUUUUUGGCCCGCGGACCCAGAAGAGGACCAAGAGUAG